AACUCAGCCAUGUCCUCACCACACCACCGAUUCACAAGCACCUUCACCAUGGACAUGAUAGUGACCUCGCGCCGAAGGGCUUUGGAGACACGGACUAUCCGCCAGCCGACAACCACUGUGCGCUCGUGGGCUAAAAGCAGUCCUCUGUCUUACAAAAGAACCGCAAAUGUGGCUGCAUCAAGGGCUGCAUCCGUGCUCGCGUCUCCGGAAGGGUUCGAGUUGAGCGCGGCGCUCAACGGAGACCCGGUGCGCAAUAACGAGAAGGAGCAGCUCCAGGGGCUCAACGACCGCUUCGCCAGCUACAUCGACAAGGUUCGCUUCCUCGAGGAGCAAAACAGGCAGCUCGAGGCUGAGAUCCAAGCGCUAAAGCAGCAGAAAGUGUCGCAGUCCCUGCAGAGCGAUGCGUACGACCGCGAGCUCCAAGACUUGCGCUGCGCCCUGGAGCAGCUCCACAAGGAGAAGGCGCAGAUCAUGCUGGACACAGACCACAUGGACGAGGAUCUCCAGCGGAUCCAAGAGCGCUACGAAGAUGAAUCCAGGCUCAGAGAGCACAUGGAGGCUGCGAUCCGAGGCAUGAAGAAAGAGAAGGACGACUCGGUUCUGAUGAAGCUGGAGCUGGAGAGGAAAGUCCAAGCGCUCGUGGACGAAAUGGACUUCUUGCGGCAGAACCACGAGGAGGAGAUCAGCGAGCUUCUGGCUCAGCUUCAAGCCGCGCAGGUGCCGGUGGUGGAGAUGAGGGACCUCCAGAAGACCGACAUUACCUCCGCGCUUCGGGAGAUCCGCGCUCAACUGGACGGGCUCUCCUCCAAGAACCUCCAGCAGGCUGAAGAGGUGUUUAAGUGCCGCUACGCCAUGCUGACGGACGCCGCGGAACAGAACAAGGAUGCUAUAAAGUCCAUACGGGACGAGAUCGGUGACUACCGCCGUCAGAUCCAAGCCAAGAACAUUGAGCUGGAGGCUCUUCGAGGCACCAAAGAUUCACUGGAAAGGCAGCUGCAUGAUAUCGAAGACCGCCACAACACCGAUGUUGCCAGUUACCAGGAAAUGAUUCACCAAUUGGAAAAUGAUCUAAAAGGAACAAAAUGGGAAAUGUCUCGUCAUCUUCGGGAAUAUCAGGAUCUGCUCAAUGUCAAGAUGGCACUGGAUGCUGAAAUAGCAGCUUACAGGAAACUACUGGAGGGCGAGGAGACGCGCUUCCGUACCAUCUCUGGAAGCAUUCCAAGCACUGCGUUUGCGUACAGCCAGCCCAAAUCCUCUAAGGUCAAACAUAAAAUAGUGGAGGAGAUCAUUGAGGAGACUAAAGCAGAGCGUGACAUCGAUGAUGAUCUGGCAGAGCUGGCAAAAGAGGUGGCAGAAGAAGCUGGUGAGGGUGAAGAGGAGGAAGAGAUUGUUGCCGCCAGUCAGGCCAAAGUGAGUUCCGCCGCUCCUGAGGGUGAAGAAGAGGAAGGAGGAGAUGAGGAAGAAACAGCAGAAGAAGCAGAGGCUGCUGAGGAGGAAGAGGAAGAAGAGGCCGUGGAGGAAGAGGUACAAGCUGAAGUGAUCGAGGAAACUGAACUGUGCGGAGACAAAUCGCCAUCAGCAGAGAAAGAAGGCAGUGACAAAGAUGAAGAAGGAAAGGAAGAUGAAGAAGAGCAAGAGGCGGAAGGUAAAGAACAAGAUGAUGAGGAGAAGGAAGAAGCUGAUGAAAAGGAGGAGACCAAAUCCGAAGGAGAUAAAGAGCAGAAAGAAGAGUCUGGAGGAGAGGAAACCAAGGCUGAUUUGGAGAAGAGCGACAAAAAAAGCGACACUGAGGAAGAGGAAAAGAAGUCCCCCGUAAGUGAAGAAAAAGAGAAACCAGAAAGCCCAGUGGAUGAAGAAAAAGAGAAACCAGAAAGCCCAGUGGAUGAAGAAAAAGAGAAACCAGAAAGCCCAGUGGAUGAAGAAAAAGAGAAACCAGAAAGCCCAGCAGAUGAAGAAAAAGAGAAACCAGAAAGCCCAGCAGAUGAAGAUAAAGAGAAACCAGAAAGCCCAGUGGAUGAAGAAAAAGAGAAACCAGAAAGCCCAGCAGAUGAAGAUAAAGAGAAACCAGAAAGCCCAGCAGAUGAAGAAAAAGAAGAAGUCAUUCCCAAUGGUGGUGACCCAGCCAAAGAGGAAGCCAGUCCGAAAGAAGAGGUCCAAACCAGAACGGUGGAGACCAUCACCAACGGAGACAAGCAGACCAAAGCAGACACCGAGAAAGAGAAGAAGCCAGAGGAAAAGCCUCAGGAGAAAAAGAAAGUCACCAAAAAGGUGGAGAAAGUCGCUCCGGAAGCAAAGAAGGAAAUCAAAGGAAAAGACUGAUGCAAGUGUCCUUGACAGGAAAUUAGUUAUAAUCAAUUGUUAGAAAUAAUUCUAUUCGAUGCAAAAUGCAGCAGAAAUAAUUGCAUGCGUGUUAAUGAUUGACUUGCAUGUGUGGUUUGGGGGGACGUGCCAUGCUGAGCUGUUGCGUCUGAAACAGAAAUUAUAGCGCGUUUGAAUUAAAGUGCAAGUACAUUAUGCUGCUAAUGACUUGAACCGUCUCUGUUACCGAGAGAUAUCUCCAGCAGCUGUUUGGCAAUAUUGGUGCUACUACAAUAUCAUCAUUCGCAGGUUCACUCUGACCGGAAACUACAUUUCAUCUAGUAUACUUCUUGCCUUAAGACAUAAUGCAUUGAAUCAAUGAUAAGAGUCAGUUUGUUAACGCAAAACAUGAAAGCUGUUAACAAUGAUACUGUGAAAGCUAAAGGUGCUGCUCUUUGCAAUAUUACAUCAAUCAAUAAAAGCUCAUCAAGUCCUUACAAAGCUCCU